CUGAUUGGCUGACACGACAGGGGCGUAGAAGAAGACGUGACCGGAAAAACAAGAGCACGAGAAACAGACUGAAAAUAUAAAUACAGUAAAUUUUGCGUGGACAGACUUCACCGGUGAGGGAGUUCAUAUUUCUGUUAGGUGACGUACAACCUGAUGUCAUGACGUCGAUCGCUCGCUCCGCUUGAAGGAAAUGUCUCGACUUGUCCCGCUCAUCACCUCAGUGUCCAGACGGGUCUUAUGGAGGAGGGGGUGUCCUGGUGUCUCCCCUCCUCUGAACCCGCUCCCUGGACUCACAUGGGUGUCUGCGGCCGGUAAGAAGGACCUGGUGGACCUGCCUGUCCUGGAUGAAGACGACCUGGAGGAGCAGUUUGUGAGAGGAUCCGGACCCGGAGGACAGGCCACCAACAAGACCAGCAACUGUGUGGUGCUCAAACACGUCCCCACCGGGAUCGUAGUGAAGUGCCAUCAAACCAGAUCUGUGGAAAUAAAUCGAAAGCGUGCCCGUGGAAUCAUGAGAGAGAGACUUGAUGUUGCAUAUAAAGGAGAACUUAGUGAAGUGCUUGUAAAGAAGAAGGAGUUGGUGUUUAAGAAACAAGAGAAGAAGAAGAAAGCACAUGAGAAUCUGGAGAGGAAAAGACUGUUUAAAGAAGCGCUGGUUACAGAAUCCACACAUGAAUGAAAUAAUUAUUUGUAGAAUAUAAGAAGACAUGAGUCCGUGAAUGUAUCAAUAUAUUUUGUGUCUGUAAAGACUGAGUAACAAAACCCGGACAGGUAAUGUCAAGGGUAUCCAAUCAAAUAAGCCUUUUUAUUUCUAGCAUAUUUCAUACAAAGCCAAGGAUGGAGAAUUUAAAAAAAGAAAUAAAGUUGUUUAAAAUAAAAAA